AUGUCCGUAAACGACUGCUGCACCCGCGGCUUCACCUGGGAGGGCACCCCAGUCGGCCAAACCACCAAGAUUGGCCAAAAUGACACCUAUGUGACAGGCUCCAACCGGGAAAAUGCCGUCAUGAUCGUGCACGACCUCUUUGGCUGGACCUUCCCCAAUGUCCGGCUGCUUGCAGACCACUACGCCAAGGAGGCCGACGUCACCGUAUACGUGCCGGACUUCCUCGGAGGCGAAGUCCCGGCCUUUGAGCCCAUGGUGAACGGCCGCUGGCACGAGGUCGACCUCAAGGGUUGCGUCACCAGAAACUCCCGCGAGAUUCGGGAGCCCGAGAUCUUCGAGUUCGCCCGGAUCCUGCGCCAGAAGCACAAAAAGAUCGGGGCCGCUGGGUUUUGUUAUGGAGGGUGGGCUUGCUUCCGGCUUGCGGCGGCGGAGCACCAACCUCCUCUGGUGGAUUGCAUAACCGUUGGGCAUCCGUCGCUCCUGGUCAAGAAGGAUAUCAACGAAGUUGGAAAGAUCCCCGUGCAGAUGUUGGCGCCAGAGAAGGAUCUCCAGUAUACGGAGGAGUUGAAGCUGCACACAUUUCAGACACUGCCAAAGCUAGGUGUACCGUUCGUCUAUGAGCACUUUCCUGGUGUCGAGCACGCAUGUUUCGUCCGCGGAAACGAGAAGAUGGAAGGUGAGCGACUGGCUAUGAUACGGGGCAAGAAUGCCGCUGUCGCGUGGUUCAGGGAACAUCUACGCUCUGAAUAG